AUGGUUAAUAAUGUUCAAUUCGUGUGUACAACUGCUGACACUUGGUCAAGUAAGCAUCGUCGAUUUUUAGGAAUGACGAUUCAUUGGAUCGAAAGUCAAACUUUUGAACGUAAGUCUUACGCUAUAGCUUGUAAAAGACUUAAGGGCACUCAUUCUUAUGACCGAGUAGCUCAAUUGAUUAAAGAAAUAUAUGCGUCAUAUGGUAUCGACAAAAAAGUGCUGACUACAGUGACUGAUAAUGGAUCAAACUUUGUCAAGGCAUUUCGCGAGUUUGGAGUAAACGUUGGUGAAUCACGAUUAAUAGCCGAGUAUAAUAAACUUCGAGAGGACUCUCAAUCUGCCGAAGAAUAUUACAGAAAUUUAAUAGCUCGCGAGCGCAAUUCGACGAAAGCUAUCCGUCUUAAACUGAAUGAGCGCGAAUCUAGAUUCAAAGAUUUGAGUGAACGUAAUGAGCAGCUUAUGAAACAGUGUGAUGAACACGAGAUCAAUAUCGCCGCAAAUGAAAAACUUAAAGAGCAGCAAAUUGCGAGAGUAAAAGAACUGGAAGAAGAGCAAUCGGUCAAAUCACUUGAAUUUAAUGUCGUGAAGUCAAACCUCGAGAUCCAAAUCCGAGAUUUAAAAAAAGAGUUGGCUGCUUAUCACAAAACAGAUCCUAAUUAUGAAAAAAAAUUGGCCAGGAAACAAAAAAAGACUUCGCCGUUUCAAACGACCCGCCAAACUGAGCUAAUUGAUUUUUCGCUUCUCAAUAACGACGUACAUGAAGUUGACACCGAGAACGUCAGCUCAAAUAAAAACGAUUCAGCAAAUGAUAACUCUAUUCUAUCUCCCGUUCUAAAAGAUGAAUCGACUUCUACCGAUGACCUACCAGUAGUUUCUACUCCCAGCCCCAAAAAACGCGCGCCCAAAAAAAUAACUCAUAGCGUUGAAGUACAAGUGCGCCCUCUACUAGACCACAAGGGCACGAUGACAGAUCCAAAUACGUCACAUAAUAAUUUGUAUCCGUUGCAUUGCAACAAAUGUCAUGCAACCUUAGGUGCCGAGCCGGUUGAUGAAAUUUUAAAUGCCAUGACGACUUCGGUGGGGUUGGGUGAACCUUUUUUACCUCAGCUUGAUCCAAUUGACCCGUCCGAUGAUCCAGUAGGCACUUCGGCUGUAAGUUUAGUGACAAAUAGUCAAUUACCGCAAAAUAUACAAGAUAGAGUUGACGUACGACAAGAUGGUGGCGCUGGUACACAAAAUGGCGACAAAGACUACGAGGAACUUAAAAAGGAAGUAUUGGAUAUGAAGAAUCUAAUAGAGGGUCAGAAAAGGAAAGUUCGUCAGGAUCUAGAAGCUCGUCUAGAAACUCUAGAAGUCCUAGAAGAUCUAGAAGUCCUAGAAGAUCUAGAAGUCGUAGAAGAUCUAGAAGAUCUAGAAGUCGUAGAAGAUCUAGAAGUCCUAGAAAAUCUAGAAGAUCUAGAAGAUCUAGAAGUCGUAGAAGAUCUAGAAGUCCUAGAAAAUCUAGAAGAUCUAGAAGUCGUAGAAGAUCUAGAAGUCCUAGAAAAUCUAGAAGAUCUAGAAGUCUUAGAAGAUCUAGAAGUCUUAGAAGAUCUAGAAGUCUUAGAAGAUCUAGAAGUCCUAGAAGAUCUAGAAGUCCUAGAAGGUCUCGAAGUCCUAAAAGAUCUAGAAGAUCUAGAAGUCCUAGAAGGUCUCGAAGUCCUAAAAGAUCUAGAAGAUCUAGAAGUCCUAGAAGAUCUAGGAGUCCUAGAAAAUCUAGAACUCCUAGAAGAUCUAGAAGUUUAUCUAGGAAAUCUCGAAUUUCAUCAAGAUCUAGAAGUUCGUCUAGAAGAUCUAGAAGUUUAUCAAGAACAAGUUCUAGAAGAUCUACAAGUCGCUCUAAAAGUUGAAUCAUCUUCUGGAAGUAAAGAAAAUUUAGAUUCCAGAAGUUGUUCAACUUCAAAAUCUAGACGAUCUAAAUUAUCUAGAAGUCCAUCCAAAGAAUCUAGAAGUCAACCAAAUGAUGAAAAAUUUAAUCGAAUUAAAAGAUGUCCAAGAAUUUUAACUUCUGAUUCAAAAAAUGAGAAUCUAGAAUCCAGACCCGACUUGAAUAGCAUGAAAAAUUUUUCCACAACUGAUUUGAGUGAAAGCGAGGCCUGUUCUCCGAAGUUUACGAAUCCAGUGAGUGCGAUGAAAAAUCGUGUAAAAACUGUGAGAUCUGACAGUCCGGAAUUAUCGUCAGAAAGAAUAAAAAAUAUGAUAACUAAUCUAUUUUCUGCGGAUAACAGUAACAAUAAUAAACGUCCAAAUACUUCGACCAACGUGACUAAGCAAACCAAAAGAUCAGGUGAAGUAUCAAAAACUUCUGCGCAAAUCCAGUCCGACAUUUUUAAAAAAUUGCGCAAAUUAAAGACAAACAAGCCAUUCGUUACGACGCCAUCUUCUAGCGUUUUGAACUUCAUAGAAGCUGGCGAGUCAUCGGUUCCGAAAAGUCAGCGCAAGAGAAUCGCUCAUACUCCGAAAACAAAUCUAGAAGUUAGUCCAGUUGGAAAACGUCCGGCUACGAAAGCAAAAGUUCAACCGGCGAAAAGACGUCGGGAGAUGCGAUCGACGACCGAUAAAGAUGCAAAUCCGAUAAAUCCCAUAGAUUUGUUGAAGAGUUUUGUAGAUCCAGAGAGUAGUUCUGAUAUGCCAGAGUCUACGCAGGUACAGAAAACUCCAGAAACUUCACUAGAGACUUCAGCUUUGGAAGAAAAAGAAAAAGUUACGGAUCCAAAGACGCCGGGAAUUGAAAUUUCUAAGCUGAUUCCGACGAAACGAUCUCCGAAAAUAGUUAUCGUCAAUGGAAUUCCCGUGGUUAAAAAACCUGUCAGUAGGCAGCCAAAAAAUCCUGAUGGAGUGAAAAGAAAAUAUACUAGAAAAGUUAAAGUUGUUACAAGUGCAGAAUUUGUCGAAGAGCCCGAUUUGCAAAACCGAAAACUAGAAAGUUUAGGAAAUAAUUCGGUUGAAGAAAACUCGGUUGGAAAUAUUGUAGAAACUCCAGAAUCUAAAACAAACUCACCAAUGGAAAUCUUACCAAUUAUAGAAAGUUCAAUUAAGUCUCAGGAUGAGAAAGUUGUGGAAGUUAGAGAAAGUUCUGGUGAGUCAAGGCUAGAAAAUUCAAAUCGUUCCGGAGAGCACGAAAAUCUUCUAGAAAGUUCAAAAAGUAGUUCUAUGAGUUCAGGAUUACUAGGGAUUUUUACAGAGUCAGAACCUGAAGAAAAUGUUCCAGAAAGUUCACAAGUUAAUGCUGAGAAAUCGAAUGAAAAAGUUAUAGAAAGUUUGAAAAUUAAUUCAAAAGAGUCCGCACUUACAAAAAAAUCAGAUGUAGUUACAACUGUUCCAGAAUUUAUAGACAAAUUACAAAAAAUCCAAAGCGAACAAACACUUAUAGAAAAUUUAAAAACAGUUGCAAGUAAUCCAGAAGUUUUAGAAAGUUCGGAGCUCGCUACAAAUAAAUCGAAGUUUCUAGAAAAUUCAAAAACCGCACAAAGUGAGAAAAAUCUUCUAGCAAAUUUAGAAGCAGUUGCGAAUGAUCCAAAAGCUCUAAAAAGUUCUACGAAAGUUAUUAGUGAUCCUGAGGCCAUAGAAAAUUUAAAUACAGUUACAAGUAAUUUAGCACUUCUAGAAAAUACCGAAACAGUACAAAUUGAACAAAAACUCUUAGAAAAUUCAGAAACAACUACCGAUAAACUAAAACCUCUAGAAAGGACAAAUACAGUUAGAGAUGAGAACAAAGUUAUAGACAAUUCAGAAGCAGUCAAACUAGAAUUUAACCAAGAAAUUAUAAUUGGUGAUGGACUAAAAAAUUCUGAAGUAUGCAUACAAAAUUCAUCCACGUCUGCAGAGUCGAUGGAAACUGAAGAAUUUACAUCAAUUUGUUCAGAAACUUCGGAAUCGCUUGAAUUAUCUCUAGGCCUCGAUGUUUCUGAUGCUUCCAAAUCUAUUCCGGCAUCCGAUGACAAUUUUAUGAACUCUGAGACUUCGGACAUGAGAGAUAAAAAAUUAGAGAUCGUCGAACAGUCUUCAGAAGCUUCCGGAACCGGAACAGUUUCAGAGUUAGAGACCGAUCCAGAAUUGGAACUUUUGCCGAAAGAUUCUCAAUUAGACUCCGAGCCCGACAAGCCUCUAGAAGACAAAAUUUCAAAGUCUGUAAUUGUUGCCGAGUCUCGAGAGAUAAAAUCUCCAGAACCUGAAUCCAAAGACCCCACACUCGCGACUCCAAGUCCAGCUCCAGUUCCAGAAAAAAAUCUAGAAUCUUCCAGACCAAAUGUGCCUUCUAGAAUGCUUCCGAAAAUAAUAGAAAAGCCUAUGAGGGCCUUCAAGUUACCACUCGUUCGAAAAUCAAAGCUUCUAGAAACUUCGAUCAUCAACAAAGCUUCGAAUUCCAGGAAAAUUCCAGAAGCCAUUGUAACUCUGCCAGCAUCUCCCGUCGAUGAAUCGGCUAAAUCUAUGAGUCCAGAAGCUACAAGAAGUUCACCCAAAAAUACAAGAAGCCUCAGAAAUCGAACGGUUUCAAUUAGUCCAACGAAAACUUUAAAAUCGCCUCAAUGUUCUCCAGUAACCGUCAAAUCAACCCCAGAAUCUUUGCCGCAGUCUCCGAAAACAUCCAAACCCGAGGCCAAUAUUCCAGAAGCUGAACCAGAACUCAGCCCAAAAUCACCAGAUCCUCCAGAAACCCUUCCACCGCGACAAAGUAGCAUUCAAAAUCUCCUAGAUUUUUACCUGCACUCCAGAAUUUCUUCGAACAAAACCUACAUCCAGAGACUCACUGAAGAAAUCGCCGUAACAAAAUCGAAAUCCAUUGAAAAGUUCAUCAAAAGCGAGUAUCAGCGUCUUCUGGACGCCCCGAACUGGACUAAUGAUCUCAAUGACAGUUUCAUAGCUAAUCUAGAAAAGUUAGAUUUCAACGAAAUGAACUUCGCGAACGUGACUGUCGAGUUAAUGAAAGAGCGCUGCGAACUAAAUGAGCCGUUGAAUCGCGAGUACACGCCGCCAGCGCCACUCAUGACCGUAUCCCAGCAGAAAAUCAUCGGAUUCCUGGCUAGAUAUGAGCAGAGGCGACCUGGGAUCAUGUUCAAGGUCAUGGACAUCAUCGACUCGACUUUGUUCAGACUUAAAAACAACAGCGACAAUGAGACUGAUACGAAUGUUCUUGAAGGUCUCGCGCGAUUCUUUGUUUUGAUGGCGAAGAUAAAAAAAGACCGCGAAAGAGUCAGGAUUAUGAUCUGCGACGCGCUUUACUGCUUUCAGACGAAAGUUUUCAAUAUUUUGUAUGUAAUUUUGACAUGUUGGGCUGAGGUGAUACCGACUUAUGAUGAAAACACCAUGAGUUUGCCUCCACAAAGUAGAACUAAGUAUCUAAUAAUUAGUAUUGCGACGAUAAUCAAAAAUCAGAAACGAUUCAAAGAAGACAAUUCGAAAAUAACUUGCGUAAAAAAUUUACUGUCGCAUUUGUAUCAGUACCCAGAUAAUUUUGUGACGAACAAGAUUAUUGGUGACUUGUUGGAAGCAUUCAAAUUUGGAGAAUAUGACAGAUGUUUGGUACCGGCUAUUGCUUUGAUCGCGAAAAGAGAGGGCGUUGAUUGGACGUACAAGAAUAUUGUUAAGAAAUUGUUGCUGAUGAUUGUCAAUAAAAACGAAAGCUAUAAAAUUUAUGAAACUUUCAAGUUACUCGGGUAUUUGCUGCGCCCGUUCCCGGUCGAUGAUGAGGGAAAAGAAGUAGAGAAAAUUGUUAAUCAACUGUGCGAUAUUUUGGAUGCUGGUACUGUUGAACCAGAAAUUCAAGAAGGUAUCGCACUGACACUAUUGACAUUAACCCGACACUAUUUUAUCAGCAUCAGUACGACACUUCUCCGUUGGCAGCCACCUCGCCCUUUAAAUAACCAAUUGCAACAGUUGCUGCAAACUUUUUUCCAGUCGCGGACUCCACAGUACUGGAAACAAAUCGCUAAUAAAAGAAACCCUCGGUGUCCGGCUAUUAAAUAUAAGUACAAUCCCUCGUCCCUGAGUAAAUAAGUUAAGACUACAUCGAGAUAUAACUACAGUCGAACAAAUAAAAUUGUUUUUGUUAUUUUAAAAACAAUUUUAAUUUUUAAUUUUUUUUUAUUUUAAAAAAGCAGCUGUGAUAAAAAAUGCAUCUCAUUAUUUUAUUUUUUACUUUUAUAAUUUUACUGUGAUAAUUAAGUUGUCGAGUGAUAUUAUUAUCUAAUUAAAUCAAAAUUAAUUGA